CGAUAAGUAACGACUCACGCUGCAUUAUUUUUAAUACACAUUCAGAAGACUAUCGAUGUGUGAUGAUUUUAACAGUAAAACGAGCAACAGGAACCUUCUCCUUGAUAGGAUGUUCCAGAGCUUCAGGGCUUUGACUGCAAAUGAAUGCUAAGCCAUCUCGAGUUCUCAGCAGUGCCUCAGGAGUGUAGAGAAGGCCUCCACCCAAGGAUCUCAUGCUGCAUGAUACUGGCUCCUAUGUGACCAAGAGGUCAAAUACCAGUGAAAGGUCCUGGGUGGAGAGGCUGAAAUUCAUCAAAGCACGCAGAGAUAUAGCCUUUUCAUGCUGUUUGUGAUCUGGCUGCUUCGGAGGUAUCAUUCUUUGGCUCAGAAAAUGAUUCUCAGCCUGACUGUAGCAGCCUUCUUUGACAGCACAGCGUAUGUCAUGGGGGAGUCACAUCCAGAUGGAUCGCUUUGUGACUUCCAGGCCUGGUGGCUAACGUAUUUUGACUGGAGUGCCUUGGCCUGGGUUUGCCUCAUUACAGUGAACCUGUACCUCAACCUGGUCAGAGAAGUAAGCACCAACAAAUAUCAAAUGUUGUACCAUGUGAUGGCGUGGGGGGUUCCUCUGGUCAUGGCCUCUCUGCCGCUGUUAAAGGGUCUCUACGGCCCCGCAGGAGCCUGGUGCUGGAUCACAGACGCUCACGUAGCCUGGAGAUUUGGGAUAUGGUACGUGCCUCUGUUCAGCCUCAUCUUCCUGAUGAUCUGCUGCUACGCCAGGAUCAUCUGCGUGGCCAAUAAAAGGAUGCAGUCGUGGCUGGGAACCUUCAACCCAGAGAGAGAGAGACGAAAGGUUUCCUUGGCGGAGGAGAUCAAGCCGUUGAAGUGGUAUCCCUCCGUCUACUUGCUGGUGUCUAUCUUCCCACUCAUCAACAGGCUUCAUAAUGCCGUCUACCCAAAGGAUCCCUCUUUCCCUCUCACCCUGUUGCACGUCCUGUCAGCACCACUCCACGGCUUGGCCAAUGCCUUUGUGUUUGGUCUGGAUAGAGACUGGUGGAGCCUACUGAGCCCUACUGGCAUGCAGCUGGCUCUGCAGUCGCGGCUGUGUGACAGGACCCGGAUCGGAGAGUACCACCCCGGGGCGGUGCGCUACACGCAGGCUGACCUGGUCGACCUCAGCGAUGACGACGACGAUGACACCAACGUGCUCUUCUACUCCCCUGACAUGACCCUGAAAGACAGAGGGCCCUGAGAGAGGGAGUGGAAGAGAAGGGAGAGGAAGAGAGAGAGACAAAAGGAGCACGGAGGAGGGUCAGAGCUUCAGAGAGAGACGCAGCGGAUUAGAAACUGAGAAGGAGGAAGAAGAGAGGUAGGGAGGGAAGGGGAGGGAAGAGGAGGGAAGAUCGGGGGGACAGCCAGGCAGAUAGAAGCCGGAGAUGAGCUGUCAGGUUCCAUUAUUAAUCCCCAUCCUUUACUAUUUAAUAUCCUAAAGACACACACACAUACUGAGCAGAGAAGUGCUCCCUGCUAUACUACCAUCACAGAGGAGCAGCUCCAGAGAUCCUCCUAAUGUUAAAGGCGUCUGCAGCAUUCUUAAGGUCUUAAAACAAUUUCCCUCUCUGCAUCGCCCUCUUGACUCUUUGAGUUCUGCAGGAGAAGGAAAAAAUGUUAAAGAGUGCAGUCAUAACAAGGUGUUAGUUUAGCAUUCGCUGCGAUUACCUUUUCACUUCACUGCAGGGGGGCGAGGUGAAAAGCAGGCCUUUAAAGAAAGAGCCCUGUGUGUUAGACGUGAGAGUAAGUGUACUGAGAUUGGUUUGGGUACUGAAUAAUUUUCUUGCCAACAGUGUAGCUUCAUGAGAGGGGUUGAAACAGACAGGACUCGGAAGGGCAAAUAAGUCCCACAGCACGAGUCUCUCCUUCCUGGUGCAGUAUUUAUUUUCUCUGUAUCCUCUUUACAUAUGGUAUUGUUGAAAACUUUCGCACACCUUUGAAAUGUUGUUUUUUUUUGUAUUUUUUUAUGAAAUAAUACAUUUAUUUGUUAUACUGUAUUUAUAACAGAUCAAUGUACCCUCUAUAUUUAAGUGUACACUCUAUUUUUGUACGUGCCUUGGGACUGGAAUAUGGAGGAAACGCUUCUCAUGGUCAGAAACCUGCUGCUCUCCAGAGACAGUCGAGCAGAGCCUGAUUCAAGACAUUCAGCCUUAUGAACAACAAGAACAUGUGACAAGUCAAGUACACUCCCACACACACACACACACACACACACACUCACAUACGCACGCACGCACACACAUGGGAGCAAACACACAUUACUUCUCUUGUCAAAGCAGGUUGGAAAAAGAUGACACACACACACAAGGAACCCACGACAACAGCCUUCGGUGUUCAUCAUCUCUCUGCCCUCGUCUUUGGCACUGAGGGGACGAAUCUGAGGUGUGAUUGGCAGAACAAUACCAUCAGUUUUUUAUUCAACCUCAGUCCUUUUUUGGUUUCGCACAUAUUCGGGUGGUGUUUGUCACAUUUGGUGCGUGCUCCCGCCUGUCAGCUUCCUCUUUGACAAGGUGAACUAAUGAACCUACACUUGACCCUUUUUACCCCUAAGGUGUUGAACUUAUCAGCUGGGGUGUUAGUGACACCUGAGUGCAACUUCAGUCCACAAGAGCUCCACCACUGUAUUACACACACACACUCAAACACACACACUUGCACUAUGCCCCUUCCCUUCUCUUGGCACUGCUGCUGCUUUUACUUGACUGUGCACUCCAUCAAAUAAAUGAGCAGGAGAGACAUUUCAUAACAAA